AUGGCGAGCUCACAGCCUAUACCGACUGGCGAUGAGGUGGAUAUCUCUCUGCGGUCAGAGGACGGGAAGGUCUUCAAAAUCAAGGCAUAUCAUCUCAAGUCUGGAAGCACCGUCUUUCGCGACAUGCUCUCACUCCCCACACCCGUCAAUGUCAACUCGAUUCGGAACCCUCCCUCCCCAUCGACAAGCUCAACAGAAAAUGCUAUCGACAUCCCGGCCGACUCGGGCACCCUCCGCAUAUUUAUCCAGCUCCUCGAGCAGGGAGCUGUCGAAAGAAUAUCACUCUUUCGCUCCCCCUUUCCCGUUCCAGGACGCCGUCCGCGACGCACUGACUCUCCUGGCGCGCCCAACCCCGAAGCCAAGCCCAUCGAGGAGCUCACCACCCUGAUGGAUUUCUUACUCCGGUUCGAUUGCUCUCAAGCGAUACAAGAGCGGGCGAUGCACAUCAAUCAUCACGUCCUAUACCAGGACCCAUGGGCGGGAUUCGUCAUCGCGGCGAAGGGGAACCAUAUGAAUCACGCCAGGGAGGCCAUAGGCCAUUUCCACGAGGUCAAAGGUCCGGCGACCGUCGAUCCGGGGAGGAUGAGUUUGGGGGCUAUCAAAUCCAUCCCUAUCGAGUGGUUUGCAGGGUAUCUGAGGGCGGUUGGUGCUCAAAAGGCGGCAUUGGAGUCACCAAUAAUACCGACUGACGAUCCGGCGAGAGCGGAUUUCUGGGAGAAUGUAUCGGAGAUCUUCGAUGUUGCUCAAUAA